GCGCGAGCGCGGGGGCGCGCAGAUCGACGACAGUCUCCAGUAUAAAAGAACAUAGAGAACACAUGCUAAAUAAAGCACGAACACCACAUUCACCCUCUGCUGCUGCGAGGCCUCCGGAUCUUUAUUUUUAUAAUAUUAUAUUAUUCUUAUUCGUAAUGUGUAGUGUAUCGUGAUUUCUUUAUUAAAAAUCAAAACUCUUGUAAGGCAGAAUGAAGGCAGCGCGCAUGCGCCAUGACAGGAAUCAGCUGACUGAAGUGCGCAAGAGAUCAAACAUUGUGACUUUCAUUUCAAUCUUCAUUCGAAUCUCCUCAGGAAUAUUCAGUUUAUGACACUGAGCAACAUUAAUCACAGUCCAGCCGACAAACACAAUACAAGCGGGUCAGAUAAUGCUGACAGAAAUGAGUUGCGCCAUAAGAAUUAGACUUUAAACACACAGAGGUGACACGCAUUAUAUGUGUGUGUUUGUGUGUGUUCACAUCUACAGUACACACGCUCUGCCGAACGCGUAAAGUUGCGUGUGUACGCAGUGUGUGUUUAAAUAAAGCUUCCGCUGUUUGAAUCCGAUGACUUCCGCGUUUGAUCGAGCACUUUCAGGCUGUUUACUGUCAUUAGUCCGGAUAAACUUCACUUUUCCGGACUGAUCUGCGCUUCACUGCGGAUCCCGGUGUGUUUUCGCACACGAUUUUAUUUCGGCGGUGUGUUCAGGGAAUAUGAGCUGAAAAUGCCGUCCGUGUCCACGGGAUUGAAGGACCUGUAUCUGUCCACAUCACUGGGCGAUCUGAACAAGAAAGCAGAAAUCAAACCAGAUAAAACCAGCACCAGACAUUACGUCCAGAGCGCUUGCAAGAUCUUCAAAGCGGCUGAGGAGUGUCGUCUGGACCGCGAUGAGGAGAAAGCGUACGUCCUGUACAUGAAGUAUCUGGCGGUCUAUGACCUCAUCAAGAAGAGACCGGACUUCAAGCAGCAGCAGGAAUUUUUCCUGUCUAUGCUUGGACCAACCAGUUUUAAAAAGGCUAUUGAGGAGGCAGAGAAACUUUCAGAGAGUCUGAAGCUUCGGUAUGAGGAAGUAGAAGUGCGGAAAAAGCUAGAAGAGAAAGAGAGAAAGGAGGAAAGGAUUCGACGAGAAGAAAGAACCGAAAAAGAUGGGCCUGCUUCACCGAGAGGAGCUUCAGAGAAGAAAAACAAUAAGAAGGUUAAAGAGGAGCCCAAUAACAGUAAGACUGGAUGUGAUAAAGGAAGCAUUAGCGCUAAGGAUCUGUUCCAGCUGAUGACUGAUCCCAAUAUAAGCGUGCUGGUGAUGGACGCACGGCCCAGGCAGGACUUUGAGGAGUCUCAGAUAUGCGUGCCGUCUCAGACGUGCAUCAGCGUUCCUGAGGAAGCCAUCAGUCCGGGGGUGACGGUGAAUCAGAUCGAGCUGAAGCUUCCUGCAGUGUCUCUGGACGACUGGAAGCGCCGCGGGUUCGUGGAUUACGUGGUUCUGUUGGACUGGUUCAGCUGCGUCUCUGAUCUCAAACUGGGCACCACUCUACAGAGUCUGAAGGAUGCUCUCUACAAGUGGGACAGCAGUACGAUCCUGCGCAGCGAGCCGCUGGUGCUGGAGGGAGGAUACGACAACUGGCUGCUCUUUUACCCAAUGUACACCAGCAACGCUAAAGUCAAACCACCCCGACAGCAGGCGCCCAGCACACUGCCACAGCUGAACUUCACGUACCCGUCGCUGGAGGAGCCCAAACCCGUGAGCGUGUGUGAGGAGCCGGCAGUUGCGCAGCUCAACGGAAGAACCGUGGACCCGGAGCCACCUGCGGAACUGCCUGCGGAACCGCCCGCAAACACACCCGCACCGCUCGCACAACCAGCAAAGACAGAUGCCGUUGUGACGCCCAUCACCUUACCACCCGCCGCCUCGCCCCGACACACUCCACAGGUCGACCGCUCCAAAAAACCAGCGGUGAAACCGGCAUCGAGCGCAAAGCUCAGCGAUGAGCCUUCAGCCAGCAACGGCACUGCUACACACAACGGCCCCGUGAUGCCCGACCGCUCGGUCAAACCCACGCUGGACCCGUCCAGAGCUCUGAGCGAAGAGGAGCGCAGGGAGAUCCACGCCGAGACCGUCAGUCUGAUGGAGAAAGCCCGUAAAGAGCAGGAGCAACGCAAACGAGCCCAGGAGGAGAAGGAGAAAGAGCAGCGAGCCCGAGAGGAGAGAGAGGCGGCCGAGAGACAUCAGCAAGAACAGAACGAGAAGAAGGAGGAGGAGAAACAGCAGGAGAGGAAGAAACUGGAGAGACAGACGGCAGAAGAGGAGGAUCAGGUUAGUGUGAGAGACGAGAAGGCCAAGAAAGCACAGAAGGAUGUGCCGCUGGACGCCGCCAUGAAGAGCAUGUCGCUGGAUUCACCUGCGCCGUUCAGCACUAGGGAGCCGCUGACGCGAGCACACAGUGAGGAGAUGGGCCGAAUGGUCCCUGGGCUCCCAGACGGCUGGAUGAAGUUUCUGGACACUGUAACGGGCACCUACCGGUAUUACCACUCUCCCACCAACCGCGUGCACCUGUACCCUCCGGAGGUCAACACCCCUCAGAUCCAGCCCAGCGUCGUUAAAGCCAAACCGCCGCCGCCGGCCGAGACGGAGAAAGAGAAGGAGCGAGAGCGCGAGAGGGAGAAGGAGCGGGAGAGAGAGCAGUCCAAACUCAAGCGCUCGUACUCGUCUCCUGAUAUCAGCCAGGAACUGAGCGCUGAGAUCAGCAGAAAACCUGCAGCUGUGCCCACCAUCAACAGAGAAAACAAGCCGCUGACACCCGCUGCCGCUUACACUAAAGUGGAGAUCGCGCGGCCGUCCGCGGCUAAGAUCCGGAACCUGAACCCGGUGUUCGGAGGUCAGGGGCCGUUACUAACGGGCCUCCGUAACCUCGGCAACACCUGCUACAUGAACUCCAUCCUCCAGUGCCUGUGUAACACGGUCGCCAUGGCAGACUAUUUCACCAGGAACUUCUAUCAGGACGACAUUAACCGGGCCAAUAUUCUGGGUCAUAAAGGCGAGGUGGCCGAGGAGUUCAGCGUGAUCAUGAAGGCGCUGUGGUCGGGACAGUACAAAAUGAUCAGCCCUCAGGAUUUUAAAGGCACCAUCUGUAAAAUCAACAACCGCUUCUCCAGCUACGAGCACCAGGACUCACAGGAGCUGCUGCUGUUCCUCAUGGACGGCCUGCACGAGGAUCUCAAUAAGGCGGAUAAACGGCGCGGUUAUAAGGAAGAGGACAUCGAUCAUCUGGAUGACGUGAGCGCUGCAGACCUGGCCUGGUCCAAACACAAGCUGCUGAACGAGUCCAUCAUCGUGGCUCUGUUCCAGGGCCAGUUCAAGUCUACGGUUCAGUGCAUGAGCUGCCAGCACAAGUCCCGCACCUUCGAGACCUUCAUGUACCUGACGCUGGAGAUGACGCCCAGCAGCAAGUGCUCACUACAGGACUGCCUUAAGCUCUUCUCUAAAGAGGAGCGUUUGACCGACAGCAAUCGUUUCUACUGCCGCCACUGUAAGACGCACCGAGACGCCAUCAAGAAGAUGCAGAUCUGGAAAGUUCCUCCCAUUUUACUCGUACACUUGAAACGGUUUAAAUACGACGGCCGGUGGCGGGAAAAGCUGCAGACGCUGGUGGAUUUCCCGCUGGAUAAUCUGGACAUGUCGCAGUACGUCAUCGGACCCAAACAAAACCUGAAGAAGUACAACCUGUACGCUGUGUCUAAUCAUUACGGCGGGAUGGACGGCGGUCAUUACACUGCCUACUGCAAGAACCCGAUCAAGCAGCGCUGGUACAAGUUUGACGAUCACGAGGUGUCCGACAUCUCCGCCGCCUCCGUCCGCUCGGCGGCCGCCUACAUCUUCUUCUACUCCUCUCUAUGAGGGACAGAGACGGGCCGUCACCACGGUGACCGGGUGAUUGACGCAUGUUUGACAUGCAGCUGUGGGCGGAGCUAAAGCCCUUUGGGUGAGGACUGAUAGACACUUCUGCUGAGGGAACGUCUCUCUCUUUUUCUGUCUCUCUCUCUCUGUCUUUCUAUCUCUCUCUCUCUCUCUCAGUGGGCGGUUCUGUAUUCCUGUAGGACUGUAGCAGGAGUCUGAACACGGGAGCGUCGGCCUGCUCUCUCCGAACUCACGGCUGGACUUGAUGUCAUUUAGACGGGCCAUGCGAGAUUAGACGUCAAUAUACGCGCACUAUAAUCCCAACCGCUCAUUAGACGCGCAUUUAUUUAUAUGGUGACCAAAUAUAACCGCGCUGUUGGAUCCGAAAGCAGCGGAGGCUCUGGAUGAGAAAAUUCAGCUGAUUGUUCCUUUCAUAUAACAUAAAAAAAUAGAAAAUCACUCACAAACCCACUCGUCAUUGUCAUGACGUUCACACGUACUAAACCGCAGUCCAGAAGUAAGUAUCCUCCAGCGUUACGCGCAGCUUGAGCCCUGUUCCGUAGGCUAGUGUUCAGGGAUCCACUAAUCACAGCAGUGCAAUAACCCUCAUCAGACUGAGACUGAAACGACUUCAUUAGAGCCCAUCAGUGACACUACAGUCAGCACAGCCGCAUUAGCCAUAGAUCUGACGUCGUCAUAUCGCACACACGUCUGUACUAACACUCUGAAUCGAGCGGCGACACGUCACCGCCGUUCGGCAGCAUCUCUCACUGUGGCAUGAGCUUCCGAUGGACUGACUGAGUGAUUCUCUAAACUGGUUUCUUAUAAUACUAAGCGCAUUCUUUAAAUCCAUGUAUUAGCCUAUAAACCUUAUACAUACAUUAAUAAACAGACGUAAACACA